AUGACAGUAGUCUUUCACGCCUUGUUGUCUCCUUACUUUGAUUUCAAGCCACAAGAAGGUGAUAGGAUAAUAGUGUGUGGUGAAUUUUCAAAUGAAAAAAAUUGGAGGAUAGAACAAGUGCAAAUGUCUCCAGUCAGAAGAMCUGAUAGUGAAUAUGUGCUUGUAGCUGGCRAGACAAAAAUACCAUUGAGWUUAGCGCGCAACAAACUGCCCUAUAAAUACGUCGUAGUUAAACAAGGAGACAAGAAGCCUAAGUACCAAUGGGAAGAAAUAUUUGAUCAUCCUCCAUCAUCCGAAGGGUUUCAUACAAAUCGUCUUUUAGUCAUACCUGAUAAAUGUCAAAAACCAGWUGGAAUAUGGCAUCAAUAUGACGAUGCAGUCUAUAGUCCACCAAAAACAUGGUCGYUUUUCAACAGGYUCKUAUCUUWUCCCAACCCAGUCGAAGGGCGUUAUCUUGCCAUGAAGAUGAUGCUCCCAAAGUGGGAUUCUUUUUCCAUCGAAAGAACAAACGCAACAUUUAUAAAGGGAUCCGAGGCUUUAGAAAUUGUCAACCAAGUUAUCUACUGCAUGGAAAACAAGAUGAUCUCAACUAGCAAAAAUCUUGAAUUCAAAGACUUUUCAAUGAAGCAGGCUUUGUYAAAUUACAUUGAACCAAGGCUGSASUWCAAUAUAUCARUACAAACAAGUAMUGAMGAGAACRUCCAAGCACAUAGGCUCGCUACAUCUUUGGCUAUUACUGAGAUUAUUAGUAAUGCUAUGGAAGGAAAUACAGCUUAUYGUCCAUCAAGACAUAACUUGAUGGCUCUGUUUCGUAGUCUUGCCAUUAACGUAGAAUUUAGUGCUCAAAAGCUGCAGAGGAUCUUGGAAAGGCUUGCAAAAUAUUACYCCAAGGAUAGUUUGAAGUCCAGAUUUUCAGAAAGCAUAUUGCACUUGUGUCAGUUCACCAUCAAUAAGUACCCGGAAAWCUAUGAUUGGCUUCUUGCAAUGCCAUUGUUUCAUUUUUUGAGUGAAUYGUGUCAACCGUACAAGGCCCCUCUUCCCUUGACUGACCCUGCUGCUCUGCAAGAGAAGUUAUGCUGGGGAAUACAUCAUCUCGACCUGGCAACCCUACAUGCACCAGCACGGACAUGGCAGAGGUCUACUUUUGAAUUCCUUCCACAAGUGAAGCCACUCUUUGAUCUGGAUCCACUGCUGCAAAGAACCUUCUUGCUCAGUUUGCCUUUCAGCAAUCUUGGAGAAUGCGCACACAGAGUAGGCAUUCCUCCUCACGAAGUCUGCUGGGCUUUGGCAAGAUUCCUUCAUUAUAUGAGCACUGAUUACUUUACACAAGAGGAGGCAUCAUCCAUCGACAAGUGUAGGAAAUCUAUGUCUGAAGCACUGGAACAAAGCAAUGGUACCAAUGAUGGGAAACAAGAGCCAAUUUACAACGAARAGGAACUUAGAUCUCUUUCUAUAGCUUUACUUCAAGUAAUAGACAGAUUUCUCGUGUUUUUUAAGAAGAACAUUAAUUUUAUCUGUGGUUUUCUAAAUGUUUUGGCCAAGACUUUGACGAUGCUUAAAACAUCCUGUUUGUCCACAAAUGGAGACAAUGUUGAAAAAGAUGGAGAAAAGUCAAAUGAUGAGUUUKCCAAGAAACACUUUGAAGAAGCUCUCAAUAAAGUUAUUCAGGGUCUUAGACGAUUGUAUACCGUAAAGUUUUGUAAAGCGAAUGCUACAUACAUUAACGAAGAACUGUUUAUGURUUCGAAGCUCUACGAAACUGAAAUUUCAGACGAAGUGUUGCUCGAAGUUUGUAAAGGUAGUCUGAACAAACAUCUUGCUUCACGUAUCGACAAGAUGAAUGAUAUGAAGAAAAUUGAAUUCUACUCAAAGCWAGAUUUCAGCAAAUUCCAUAAAGAAGUGGAAACGUUUUUUAAGGGUGCUGCCUUUGGUGCUGUGAAAAACAUAGCUAAGAGUGAACGAAGGUCUGAACAUAAUGAAGCUUUCAAUCAGUUAAAACGUGCAGGAGCAGGAGAGUCCAAAAAAGUGGGUGAAUUGCUGUCACUAUUGAUGAUACAAUGCUGGCCCAAAAAAGUUGAAGAGGAGUUAGGAUUGCUGGAGCAUAUCUUAACAUGGAAACCAUUCUCAGACUACCUUCGCUUUUUCCGUAUGUAUGAUAAACAUUUUUUUUGUCUUUUUCGUGCUUUAUUGUCAGCAGUUGUAGUUCACAUUAUAYCUGAGAGAAAUGAGUUUUUGGAAGCACAAAUAUCGAGUAGUAGCAUUAAAGUCAACACAUUGCAAGUUAUUCAGAGGAAWAAAGAAAUAUUCUUGGAACUUGUUACCCAAACCAAGGGAGAUGAUGAGCUUAAAAGAAAUCUAAUUUCUGAAGACCUCGAAGAAUCUCUCAGUAUGCUGGAAAUGUUUGAAAAUGAGCUGAAAGAAUUAAAAUCAUUCUUGAAAAUCCCCUUUAUCAUCCAAAACGUGGAUGURCAACACAUUAAAGAGAGGGUUGACAUUGAUGUAUCAGAAYUCGAGAUUCAAAACUUGGCAGUGCAUUUGCARRAAAAGRUCAAAGUUAAAUUCUUUCAAAUUUCCGAUGAAUUAAAAGAAAUGGUCAGGAAACUGCAUGUMGUCUUCCCAAGUGAAAUCUUCCAAAACAUUUGGAAGCAAAAWUUUAAAGAUGCCAAAAAAGACUUCGGWWGUGAUAAAAUKRCMCUGGAAMCAGUUUUAGAGUCGAUCUGGAAGCCGACCUACCRCGAAUGUCGUGAACUACUUUCUUCAGUGUUCAAAGGGRAAAUCUCCUUGGAAGAAGUGGAUCAAUACUUUCAGUCGUUCAAAAACCGAUGCCAAGAUCUUCAAAAAAACUUKUCUAUCCUCUCUAAAGCAUGUGGCAUWGUCGUUGAAGAAGAAGAUGUUCUUAGUCAAGUGCAAAAGAUUGAGAGAUACAAUAAGAUGAAAGCUUGCAUUAAUGCUGCCGAGAAGGUAUUAGAGUUCCAGCAAAAUAUGGAGCUCGAUAGAGGUGGAUUUGCAGUCGUGGAGGAAUUGCGUCUUCAGGRGGAAGGGUAUGAUGCGGGGAGGGAUGGUCACCAUCAACAUAGUCAUAAGAUAAACAGCCRAAAGAUUUGA